AUGUCAAUCGAAGCAAAAACAUUCACGAACAAAUCUAAUGGCGAAACAUUCACAAAAGGCACUUAUAACGGUAUUGAAGUCUUACGUAGAGACAAGGAUGGUUACAUUAAUGCAACAAAGAUGGCAAGAGAAGCAGGAAAGUUAAACCAUUUAAACAGAUUUCUCAAUAGUACUAAAAUGCAGGAAAUUCUUGAGUUUUGGUUGAAAGAAUACGGUGGAGCCAAAAGUGGCUCAACCUCAAAACAAGCAUUUUAUGAGCUUGCUAAGGGCGUUAUAAAUGAAUUCAAAGGUAUUUACAUACAUCCUGACCUCGUUCAUUUUGUUGCUGAAUGGUGCUCU